ACGGAUAUAUUCCCGCGGCGGCGGCGGUGGCCAACAGGCGGCAUGACAGCGGCCGGGGGCGCGUCGGGCCGCAGGGGCUCCGGGAGGCUCUGCCCCUUCUCCAUUGAGCAUAUCCUCUCCGGCCUCCCCGAGCGGAGCCCCACGGCCCGGGCCGCCCCUCCGCCGCCGGCCGCCGGCCGCCAAAGCCCCGCGGAGCCCGGGGCGCCCGGGACGCCUGAGGCGGUUCCCUGUGCCUGCUGCUGCUGCUGCGGCCCCCGCGCCGCGCCCCAACGGGCCCCGGAGCCGGCCUCGGGGCUGGGCGCGCGGCUGCCUUGGCCGGUGAGGCUAGGACCCACGGCGCCCUUGCCCUUGGCCUCGUCUACCGAAGGCUCUGGGGCGCUGCCGGGCGCGAGCAGCCCCGGGCCGCAGCGACGCACGAGGCGCCACCGCACCAUCUUCAGCGAGGAGCAGCUGCAGGCGCUGGAGGCGCUCUUCGUGCAGAACCAGUACCCCGACGUGGGCACGCGGGAGCGGCUGGCCGGCCGCAUCCGCCUGCGCGAGGAGCGUGUGGAGGUCUGGUUCAAGAACCGCCGGGCCAAGUGGCGACACCAGAAACGCGCGUCAGCGUCUGGUAGGCUCCUGCCGGGAGCCAAGAAACCCCCUAAGGAGAGCUGCUGACGGCCAUGGGGGUCACUCCUGGGCUCGGCGGCGUCCUCUGGCCUCAGCGCUGGGAGAAGAGAGAUCUGCCAUAACAGGAGGUGGGAGAGGACACCAGCCUCUUUCGUGGAGUCUGCACAGCUGUCUGCGUCCUGGAGCUCGAUGCAGCAUCUCCCUCUGCGUGUGUCCCCGCGCCACUUGAGCCAGGCGGGAGAGCGCCCCAUGCCCCCUGCUCUGUGCGCCCUGCUUUCCAAUGGCCAGCGGCCGCAGGGCUGGGGAGAUUCGGGGAUGGAGUGUGGGACACAAGGAAGGUCAACUUCCUCAACCCCCCACGCACACACCCAGGAGGUACUAAACGGCCCCAGGACCACAGCCACCCCUUGGCCACCAGGCGCUGGGACUCCUCCUCCCCUCCUGCCGGUGCCAACCUCAGUCCUCUCCACCUUGACCCACCUGCAGCCCUCCCAAGGCGGAGAGGGUGGUGUCUGCAUCCUGGGGCUGCUACACAGGGCCAGAGGGUCCUUACCUGUAGAUUAAGGGAAUUUCUUGAAGCCCCUUUCCCACCCAUCAAUCCUGUGAACUGCAAAUACAGAAAAAGCGGUGCAGACACUGCAGUCUUCCAUGACCUCACUCUACACCCAGUGGGAUCUGGCCUUCUUCCCAGGGAGGGGGGCCAGUUUGUCAGAGCCCAGUGAGUUCUCCGCCCCUGUGUGGAGUGCCCCCAGCAGAGCACAUUGCUGCAUGGAUCGUUGCCAGCACCCUGGGGGCCUGCCCUGGCCUCUGGGAGCUGCUUCUUGGGUGGAGGUCAUUGGCUUCCCCACUUUGAGGGGCUUCUGUGCAGAAGUGUCUGCCUCCCUCAUGCGGUCAAUUUCUGCCAUCCUGUGGGACAAGAAGAUGUUCAAUUGAGGGGGAUCUGCAAACUGCCUUGAAAACACCUGCUAUAGCCUCCAUCAUCCUGGCUCCAGGGAGAAGGACAGUGUGAAAGCAAGGCUUCAAUUGAUCCCCAAGUUGGCCUGUACAGUGGGCACAAGGCCUGACACCCCUCAUCUGGCCUGAGGACUUAGUUCUGCUUCCUCACAGGUCCUGGAGGGUAGGGGCAAUGUCUGGUGUCUGGGUCUCUCCACAAAAGGUGCUGAAGCCAAGGCUGCAGCUCCCAGGGCUCUCGGAGGUGGGAGGUGUCAGGUCAGGUAGCACCAUGCAUGUGCCCCUUGCCAGGCCAGGGCUGCUCUGACACUGUCAGGUGGCUCAGUACAGCAGCCCUCACUAACCCCCCCAGGAUGCUCUUCUGGCUGCCACAGAGCCUUCUCUUCAAAUCCUGGCCUUAUCCUUGGAGAUUGCCCAACUUGCCCUCAGGGCUUCCCCACAGGCUGGGACAUCCUUAGCCUCCUGGCCCCAGAACCUCUGCCCUUGUUGUCUGAGUGGCUCUUUGUCAUGGUGUGGGACACCCGUGAUCAAGUCUCCACUUUCAAAGGACCAUUGGCUGUGCUGCCCUCCAGCUUUUUCGUUCCUCUCCAGCUGCCUUGGGCAGGCUUCCCCUACAGCUGCCAUAACAUAAGUGUCCCGGGCUGAGCCCAGGCACUCUCUUCUCAUCUCUGUUCUCACCUCAGUUUAUCACCUCCACUCUCAGGCUCGGUUCCUAUCUCUGUCUCACGUUUACAUCCCAGCCCAGGCCUCUCUCCUGUGCUAAAGAGUUAUGUCUAGCUGUCCCUUGACUCCACCUGGAAGCCCACAGCACCUCUAAGUCCCCUUGUCCAUAGCAGCCUCUUCCUCUGUGCAUUCCAGGUGCAUAAAACAGAGUUGGCAAGCACCUUGACUCCUCCUCUCCCUCACCCACCAAACCCAGGCCAACAGCAAGUUGAUUUUCUCCAAAAACAAUCCCAGAAUCCAUCUUCUUUCCAGGUUCCAGGUUGAUUUUCUCCAAAAACAAUCCCAGAAUCCAUCUUCUUUCCAGGCUCAAACCUGGUGAAAACCACUGUCAUCUCUCACCUUGACCACUGCAGCCUCCUCCAGCUUGUCUGCCUGCACCACUCUGUUUCCUCUGUGAUUCAUUCUCCGUAAAAGCCAGGGUACAAGUCCGAACCUGUCCCCCUCCUGCCUACAGCACUCCAAGGGCUUCCACUGCUCCCAGAACAAAGACAAAACAAAGUUGCCUUGACCCAUGACUCCUGACUUACCUGCAGCCUGGCCCUGCCCCUCUGGCAUCAGCUCCUACCCCACUGUUCCUUGCACUCUGUGUAUGCAAAGGUCUUCUCCCGCUGGCCUUCAAACAAGCUCUCCCCCUCCACCUGGUCAAUGCCUGCAACCACUCCCUUCCCUGGAAACUUCCCCUGACUGCCCCCCAGGUAGGAUUCUGCUCUCUUGCACUUGACCGUGCCAUUUUAUGCCUGUUUGUGGGAUGAUCUGACUAGUGUCUGUCGUCUGCAUUUGACUCCAGCUUUAUGAGGGCAGGAACCAAUACCAUGGAGACACUACUCCAUAACAGAAUAACUGCCUAUACUGAAUCAUUCUGGGGCAGAACUUGUUUGGUGUAAUUCACAACCUCCUUUUGGAAGAAAUGAUGGUUCGGGAAAAUGCUUAGGCAAUUUUCAGGUCCACUUCGAUAAGAAUUAGCUGUCUUCUUGGAAGCCAACUGUAGCAUUUAGGGACUAGACAUUUCUCGCAUAAAGAUUGAAUAAAAACUUUGA